GGAAGCUGGCACUCAUUACGCCAAGUUUAAAAAAAGCCACAAGCUGUGAAUUUCGAGUUAAUUGCAAUUACAUUGAAAACUUAACAAGGUCAAUAACUUGUUGGCGGCCACUAAAAUGGCAGAUAGAUUAACCAGGGUGGUCAAUUUGGCUUCGAAGGUCUCUGCCUUCGUUAUUCAGGAAACUUCACCAAGAUUGAUUAAGUUUCGAGAAUAUGCAAGGGUGGAACUAAGGCCACCAACACAAGCGGAUCUCAAGCCAGCAGUCGAACAAGCAACAAAACUGAUUUGUGCAUUCAAAAGUGGUGCUUGGAAAAAUGUUUCCGUUAAGGUAUAUAUUGAUGGACUCUUAUUUAUUUUCAGGAAGGGCUUGUUAAUGCUGUAGUGACAGCGGAAGUACUCUGUUGGUUUUUCAUCGGGGAAAUGAUUGGACGAAGAAGCUUUUUAGGAUAUAGUCGGGUUCCAUAUGCCUAUAUCAAGCACCACUAGUCUGCUUUUCGCAUGGGGAGCACAUCUUUUUAUAGAACUAUUUAGAAAUUAAAGCUCACGAAAUAAACAAAGAUGUUUUAUCUCAGUAGUUCUGUAAAGUACUUCCGAGUAAACCAUGGGUUACUUAUUCCUGUAUACCUAUUCUCUGUUUCCUCAGACUGCGUCAUCCGGCUAAAAGUAUUACUAAUAACAACCAUACUAGAAAAAAGCUGCCAAAUGUUUUGCUUAAUUUCCAUGUAUGUAUCGCACCAACCAAAUUACCGUUAAGGUAUUUUAUGUGACUCCAGUGGUGUGGUGCAGAUUCCAACCUUAUUUCAGUCUCUGUGAGUGUAUAGGUCUUGUCUUAAAUAGUUUGAGGAGAUCCAUAUCGAUUAUCCUUGUGAGGCCUAAUAUUUUAUUUUCGAUAUGAAAACCGGACCAAGCUGAAGAAUGAGCCGUAAUUUAUUUUGAAUGUUCCCAGUCAACAGCAGCAAAGUCGUUUGUUCGUAAAGAACGUUUAUUAUAUAAUGUGCCUUUAAAGAUGCUUACUACUGACGUUAAAAGUCCAGGUGGUUUUGUAAAGGGUCCACAUUAACUGUUGUCCAAGCCCGAAUUUUUAACCUGAAUGGUUAGUGCCAAAUGCAUUCCUACUGGCUUAGGAUGUGUUGUUAUAAUGGUGGUAUUUGUUAUUACAUCGGCUUUCGAAUUCGGAUCAGGAAAUCAAUAAGACUAACGUCUCACAGAAUACUUGGUAGUGGUUCCUUGUACAGUAGGAUUGUUUGAAACUCCUGCCUAAUGUUCGAGCGAUUCCCAGGUGUGUUUCGAAAACCAAAUGUGGAGAUGACACUUACUAGCUUCCUAAACACAAUUAGUGAUUGACAAUGUGCCACUGAUGCGUCACUCUAUUUCAUUUUUUCCAUAUUAGUAGCGUUGUUCACAUGUUUCUGCUCCUUGAAAAAAAGCUUGCUUUUCCUUCGUAGGGACUUGCACAUUUUGUUGCCGUUGUACGUAAAAAUUCAUUCAAGUCUUUGAUGCGCAAUGACUUGGAAAUAUACUAUAUUCAAGUGGAACCGACUACUGGAGAAUUUUUUGUUGCCUAUCAGUAUAAACGGUUGAGUUACGUGUUGCGAGUCAGUUUGGUUUAGUGACCAUCAUGCACACUGAAAAUUUUUGGUCCUCAGAAUGUAAAACUACGGUACCAAAUCGUGGAGUUUCUAAAUAGUAAGUACUCGAAGCUAGUGGAAUUCUGGCAAUGUGAAUCAAUGGUUACUUUCUGAUUUGCGCUGACUUUCCCUUUUACCACAUAUGAGGAAUAACAGCUUGGCAGUGUGACAAAAAUUACAUGUAUCAUCCGAGUUAACUUACUGAAUAAAUGAUAAAAUCAGAUGACUGUGAAUAGAUGUCACGAGGAAUUAGAUUUGUAAAUUUUCUUAACCCUACAAACAGAUUACAAACAAGCAUUGGAUUUUGUGGAGAAUGUAGAAUUUUAAUUGUUUAGAUUACAAACUGAUCAUAGAUCACCAUUGAAAGCCCUGAACGGCCGUUCCAUCCUAGUUUGGAACCACUGAUUCUACGUUCAGCAGUGGUAAUGUCCAACUCCAAUCGACUCUACAAUCUCCACAAAUUCUUAUACUUAAAAUGAUCAUGUACUUACCAGUGAAUAGCUUCAAGGUGCAAAUCCUUGAGUCCUAUUAACAGGCCGUGAUCAGUGUGACUUAUCCACAUCAGGCGAUGGAGAGGGUUUGACAGUAUAGUGGAUCAGUUGAAGCUGGACAUCGUUCGAUGGAGGCACAGUGAUAUAGGAAUUAAGUGUUUGCGUGCUAAGUGCUGGGUUCGAUUCCCGUGCACGGGCCGUGGGUGCGCGCUGUUGCGGAGUACCAUGCUAUGACGGAGCUGCCGUCCAGUGCUUCCAAGUUUUCAGUGGUGGUCUAGUUAAGAUCAUUUCGUUAUUUGAACUGUGACAAACUUCACUAGUUGUUGACCUGACAAAACUAGUUCCUUAAAUAGUCCCUGAUAUCUAUCCACUUCUGCUGCUUGCUUUCAUUGUCUAAUAUAGCUGAACCAGUGAAAAUCGCACUGGACCUACUCCCAAGUUGUUAUCAUGCUUGUAGUCUUGUGCGAUGAGUUCUUGAGAAUGCAUUGGUUCGAAAACCGUUCAAAUUCAAUCUAACGUUGGGUAAUGGGUUCUAGGACUUUCGAACACGGUAUUAGGCGAAGAAUACAAAAAGCUCAUAUCUAGAUCUGAUUAUUUAAAGUACAGGCCAUAUAUUGUGAAACCAUAAACUGGAAAAAAGUGCGUAUGUUAGAUGUGAUGUAUGUCUAAUAACCUGAAGUUUAAAAAGGAUGUACGAACUUCACGGUCUGAUCUUCCAUCACAAAUUUGAUCUCUUUAACCAGCUGUGUAAAUUCAGAUGAUGAACUUAGUAAUUCAGAUUGGGAAGUUAAGCUCGCAAGUGCGACUGACUAUUUUGGUAUGAUUAUUAGUUGAGACCUAACAAGUGAUAUAUACAGUGGCAAUAAUAUGGAAUAUGUUGCGUAGUCGUGUAAACAGGAUAAAUUCUGAAGUAUGCUGAAUGAAGCAACGGUUUUUUCUUCAAUGGAAUCACAGAUAACUGGUUAUGCCAGAGAAGCGGACUGUCACUUUACAUGAUAAGCAACAAAAAAAACGCCACUGGCGGUGAAAUUAUAGCUUAUUUGAAACCCAAGCAUAACACUUACUCGUAACUCCGAUUUACGUCAGAGAUAUUGGGGAGUAUUUAUAAGUAACAUGAACGCAUGUUUGCAGUUCUUCAUCUAUAGUUUCGUUAUGUUAAGAUGUUUGUGUUAUGUCCCGAUAAGAAUAAAUGGCAACUUCUGGGAUCCAUUUAUGGACAAAUAAUAUGUGCGUAUUUUUAUCGUAUAAUUGUUAAGUAACUAAACUGUUCAUAUUCAUGUCCCUCUUAUUACAAGCUUUGUUUCGAUCUAUGAACUACUUUUAUACGAUCUACCAUUCUUGAAUUAUGCCCUGUUUAUUAAUUACUAUCUUCCCUAUUCACAGCCACAUUUGGCUAAUUCUUGUACCAAUGUUAUCUUCUAUUUUAUGCUACGUUGUGGUCUGUCUGGUUGGUAUGUAAACCCAGCAUGCUUGAAAUAAGUGAUUCAUAUUGCAGAGGCUGAGAUUGGUGUUCUGGAUUCAACUGGCUGGGCUAGGCAGAAAGCAGGACCAAUAAGGACUCUAGAUUGGCCGUACAGGUUUCAUGCGUCACUGGCCCGGUCGAUGAUUCACUGCUCUCUAAUUGGCGUUAUCGUUACGUUAUGCAAUAAACGGGGCACAAGUUACGACAAUUUUUCAUGCGAGAAGCACUUUACCCCAAAGGUUCGUUCUUGUACAGAAAAACACGGGUAUUUAUAGAUAUUAGCAUUUGUUAAAUCAACAUUAUAUUUUGGCCAAUCCGCUAGGAGACAUUGUGCUACUGACCAAUAGUAGCAUGCCACGUCGAUAUUCUAGAAGGCUCCAUUAUGUUCUGAUUGGCUGGAACUCUCCGGCUCCUUUAGGGCCUCUGGAGGCUUCGUUUUAGUCCUCGGGGACCGACGACGUCAGAAUGUCAAGUCCCCAUAGAUAUACUUGUUGAGCUAUCAACCAACAGUUAGGAAGUUAACCACACGUAUUCGACUUCUACAAAUGAUUAGUCAAUCACCUUUCCAACUACUCAGUCAUUCGACAUUAUUUCCGUAAUCAUCUGUGAAAUUAUAAUUACACCACUACUCCAUUAAUUAUGAUUACUGUAAUUAUACAUAUCAAAAUCCAGAGCUAUGAAGAAAAACUAGUUGGAAAGAAAUGCCUCUUUGCUUUAUCCAUAUUUUACUGUAUAUUUGAAUUAGAAUUUUUACUGUUCUAACGAUUAUCUUUAAAUCCAUCCACAGUACCUUUGGGACACUGAGAGUUAGGCUAAGCUACUAACUACGCUUUACUUAAGUUUUUCUAGAUAAAUUGGAUUGUGUGUGAAUUGCGUAGAGGAAUUAGCCUGCUCGACUUCGUUUGACAAACAUUGAUACACCAUAAUCCGUUACACUUUGAAACUACACUUUGAAAAUAACGUCAAAAUCAUGUCUAUAUUUAGUAUUUACAAGAAACAAGGCUGUUAGAAGAAACGGUACACCUAAAAAGUUAACGAGAUAAGUCAUUCAUCAUAAAAGCUUCCACAUCAUAUGGCUCGGCAGUUAUUUGUCUUCCAGCGAAGUAGCGCUUAUUUAAUGCAUUUGCAGCAUUGUGUACUGAACACGGGUCAGAAAAUACAACAAAAAUAUUGACGAAUUCUUCAUUUGUCUCAUGAGCACUGUCUUGAUGAAUUAACACUUUUUCAACCGAUCCAUAUUUAGAACACUCUCCAGCCACUUCUCCUUCCAGUUCGUCAUCACAAUCUUCUGGACCGACCAUAUUACGU